AUGGCGCGUAUCGAACUCAACGGCAUCCAGAAGCGGUGGGGCGAAGCCUGGGGCGUGCGCGAUGUCAAUAUCGACAUUGCCGACGAGGAGUUCAUCGUCUUUCUCGGUCCGUCGGGCUGCGGCAAGACGACGACCAUGCGCAUGAUCGCGGGCCUUGAAGAGCCGACCGAGGGCGAGAUCGUCAUGGACGGCGAGACGAUGAACGACAUCGAUCCGCGCGACCGCGAUGUGGCGAUGGUGUUCCAGGGCUAUGCGCUUUAUCCGAAUAUGACGAUCUACGAGAACAUCCGCUUUCCGCUCCGCAUGCGCGGCGUGCCGCGCACCGAACAUGACGGACUGGUGCGGCGCGCCGCCGGGCUGGUCGAGAUGACCGAUUAUCUCGACCGCAAGCCGGGCGCGCUGUCCGGCGGCCAGCGCCAGCGUGCAGCCCUGGCGCGGGCGAUCGUGCGCGAGCCGCAAGUGUUCCUGAUGGACGAGCCGCUGUCGAACCUCGACGCCAAGCUACGCCAGGCGAUGCGCGUGCAGAUCAAGCACAUCCAGCGCGAGUUGCGGAUCACGACCGUCUAUGUGACGCACGACCAGAUCGAGGCGAUGACGCUCGCCGACCGGAUCGUGAUCAUGCAGUCGGGCCUGAUCCAGCAGAUCGGCACGCCGGACGAGAUCUACAACGACCCGGCCAACACGUUCGUUGCCAACUUCAUCGGCUCGCCGCCGAUGAACCUGGUCGAGGGCGAGGUCGCCGAUGGCGUGUUCACCGCGCCGGGCGUGAAGGUUCCCGGUCUUCCCGCAGGGGUCAGCGGCAAGGUGACGCUUGGCGUCCGGCCAGAGGAUUGCCAUGUCACCGACGAGGACAUCGACCUGACCGGCGAGGUCUAUGGCGUCGAACCCACCGGCGAUCUGACCUAUCUGACCCUGCAGGCUGGCGAAAAGCUGUUUGAAAUCAAGGCCGAUCGCACCUACCGUGCGCCGCUGGGCGCGACCGAAAAUGUGCGGUUCGACGCCGACAGGAUCUAUCUGUUCGACGGGGAAAGCGGCGAACGCCUGCGCUGA